CUAAAUAUGACAGAAUAUUCAUUAAACAGGUGGGGGAGGGGCACGAUUAUCACUUAUUGAUCAUAGAACUCUGGCCAGUUCACUCAGAUGUCCAGAUAUUCCUCCGCGUGGCCUGAACUACUUUGUCUCCUGCGCUGCGCGGCCCCGAGGCUGAUGAGUUCAUUAUGUGCAGCUGUGUGCGCGCUCCCGACACCCUGAGUGCACGGAGAGGAGACAGAUGCGCGCGAUGUUUGAGCUUCAGGUGGACGACUGUCUGCUUCGUGGAGACUCGUCUCGACUCGCUUCUCUGCUUCACUAUGAAGGACUGACCAGCUCCACCCUCACCAGGCUGCACCUCCUGGUUACCAAGGAGCUGCACAGCAGCGCGUUCUGCAAGGUUCUGGUCGUGUUGAAAUCUGUAUCGAUUCUGUCGGAGAACAAGGAAGACCUGGAGACUCUGGUCAACCUCAACCUGACUGCUAAGGUGAUGUCAUGGUUUGAAGCAGUUCACGACCUGCUGACCUCCGACCUCCAGGAAGGCUCCACCACCCUGAAGGCCCUCACAGAGGAGUUCUUUGACUACUUCCUGCUCCUGGCCCAGGCGUCUCUUCCAGCUGCCCAGUUGUCCGUGCUGCUGCUUCACCUGGCUCACCUGGCUCUGGAGGCCGGAGUUCACUUCCCUCUGCGACUGGAGGCCAUCAGAACCUUCAACAGCAUCCUGGAGUCCCUGAGCCGGCAGCAGAGAAGGCUGAUCCAGAACGACCAGAACCAGAACCUGACUCAGCUGGCAGCUGCUGUUGUGAUGGUUGGAGACUAUGAGUUUCAGGUCAGCCUCUUGGAGGCGCUGUGUCGCCUCACGCCACGCAGAGAGCGUGAGCAGAGAGCCAAUCAGUGGUUCGACAGCAGUGACAUCAGAUCCGCCUUCUGUGACAUCAGAGACGCCGACUUUGAGGACUGCAGACGCUUCCUGAACUUCGUUAACCGUUACCAUGGAGACCAGAGAAGAGUGUACACCUUUCCCUGCCUGAAGGCCUUCCUCAGCUCCACACAGUUGUUCCGACCCAAAGAUGAAAAACUGGACAAGUUCUGGAUCGAUUUCAACGUGGGUUCGGGAUGUGUGAGCUUUUUCAUCGAUGAUCCUCAGGGUUUCCUCUGGGCGUCCAUCCACCUGCAGAUGGAGGACGUGAAUGAUUACAGUCUGAAGUUGAAACAGAACGAGACGGUCCUCUGCGUCAGGCUGACCAACCCCAUCAUGCACCUGAACACCAGAAGUCACGUGGUGGAGCUGACCUUUGACCCUGAACACCAGCAAGAGCUGGAGGAGGCCGCAGGGAGAGUCUUCAAUGUACCUAAACAGGUGAGUCCAUCCGGCGCCAGAGGAGCGGUCCGGACCUCGCCCUCUGCAGACACGGCUCGGUCCUACAGCCGCAAGAAGCCGCCAAGCAAGAGUCAGCUGAAGAUUCUACCGCUGUCGUCUCCGAGCAGCGAGGAUGAGUCCACCUCACUGAAGCGUACGGCUUCAAACCGAGCUGAAGUUCUGUUUGACCAGAUCGUACACUCCACUCCUAAGUUCAGCGCUGCUUUCCAGCCACUGUUGGAUCCACCUGAUGGAGCCGACGGUUCAGAAGCUCACCUGUCGAGCCUGGAGGAGCCCCCAUCAGGUGAUCUGCAGGGGGCGGAGCUUCAGACGACGCAGCACCUGACAGAGGGACUUGAACAAGGAAGCAGCUCUCCCUCUAACAAGGAAAACCUGAGGAAAAGAGAAGCUUCAGAUUCAGGCUACCUGUCCGACCAGGCCGAGGGCGUCGCCCCCUCCAAGAGGAAGGCGGAGCCUCUGCAGGACUGGGCGGAGUCUGAGUUGCCAAUGAAAGCAGAGGGGGCGGAGCUAGCGGAGGAGGAGGCUCUUCAGAGCGAGGGACCGAAGCAGAAGGCGGAGCCAGAGUCACACCUGACAUCCGACAUCACUGCUGCGUUCAAGUCCUUCAAAGCCCAGCUGGAGCAGCGCUUCACCGGCUGCUGGCAGGAGGUCCAAGCUGAGGUUCUCAGGUCCCUGAGGGACUGUCAGCAGCAUGUGUCCUCACUGCUCACAGCCGUCCACCAGCACAGGUUGUUGUUGCUGCAGCAGUUUGAAAGCAGUGUAACGGAUCAUCUGAAGCAACUGGAAGAGAACUCCACCAUGGAUUCUGAGAUUCUGACGUUCUUCCAUUCUGAGAUGGAGCAGCUCAGAUCGUUCUGUCAGGAACAUCUGAAGAAGCUGAAGACUCUGGACUCCGACCAGCUGAGGUCGGCACAUUCAUCCAACCACUGAAGAAGGCGCCAUCGACUGGAGGAGAGCCUCAGACGUUUUGGGA